CCAAAUUUUGGCAUCGCUAGAGUUGAAUGGUGGGAACCGGAAGUGUGUGCAGCGGCGGCGGGUCCCCGGCGAAUCGGGUCCCAGGCGAAUCGCCGGAAGUAGCGAUUGUUACGGGAGGUUUCCGCCAGCUUUGCUAUGGCGGCGAUCCCUCCAGACACCUGGCAGCCGCCCAACGUAUACUUGGAGACCAGCAUGGGGAUCAUCGUGCUGGAGCUGUACUGGAAGCAUGCUCCAAAGACUUGUAAGAACUUUGCUGAAUUGUCUCGUCGAGGUUACUACAAUGGCACCAAAUUCCACAGAAUCAUCAAAGACUUUAUGAUCCAGGGAGGUGACCCAACAGGGACAGGUCGAGGUGGUGCAUCUAUCUAUGGCAAGCAGUUUGAAGAUGAACUUCAUCCAGACUUGAAAUUCACAGGGGCUGGAAUUCUCGCAAUGGCCAAUGCCGGGCCAGACACCAACGGCAGCCAGUUCUUUGUGACCCUGGCUCCCACCCAGUGGCUUGACGGCAAACACACCAUAUUUGGCCGUGUGUGCCAGGGUAUAGGAAUGGUGAAUCGAGUAGGAAUGGUGGAAACAAACUCCCAGGACCGUCCUGUGGACGAUGUGAAGAUCAUUAAGGCAUACCCUUCUGGGUAGACUUGCUGCGCUCUUGGGCACACCCAGGUCUUCUGAGAUGGCCCCAGUGAACCAGUUUCCAGAUGACCUAGAAUGACACAUAACUCUAAACUGCAUUUUGGUCUUGCAAAUCUGAGGCGCUGAGAAGGCCUGGGGUCUUGGGUGAGUUAGAAAUGGAAGUGUAUUUUAAUAGGACGCUUCUUUUCUCUUCCCCAGUGCCUGUGUUAACAGAGCAUUUGCAGAAAUGCCCAUGCGUGAUUGUUCACAGGUUACUGCUCACUGCAAAUGACCCAUACUGCUCCUUCUUGUGUGUAUCUGCUCUAUACACUUGGAACGAAAUGAAGCCAACUCUGUCAUUUCGCAGUGCCUAACCAGCCUCUUCUUGCAGAAAUUUAUAUUCUGGGCUACACUGCAGUCUUUGGUGGCUGACAGCCAUAGAAUUUAAAACCAAGUAGUGUCUAUCGGCCUUCUUAACUGUGUGCACCCCCUAUUUCAGUCUCUUGCUUUUGUUCUUCCAGGGAUUGUAUGCAUCUCUCUAUAUAUUUUCCCUCUCAAAACCAGAACAUCAACCCUGCUGUUUCCGACACUUAGACAUCCCACGCAAAGCCACAUUGAAUUUUUGCCAAGUGAAAAAUGCAUCCAACAAUCAAGUUUCUAAGAAUGUGUCAAGUGGGGAAUGAUAAUGUGUAAUAAUCGAGAAAUGAAUUUAUUAAAAAGCAGAAACACUGACCACUUUUUCCCCAGGAAGGAGUAGAAAUCUAUAGUGAGCAUAUGGAAAGACUAUGAAUUCUCCUUUAAAAAGCAGUAUCCUCAUACUUAAGUUUUUUAACCUAAGACUUUAGAGAAACUAGGUAAGAGAUUUUAUAUAUAUUUUUUAAUCUUUCUGAUUUUUUAGGGAGGGGGCGGUGAGAGAAAGGAAGUUAAUACCUAUGGAAUACAUAUAACUUCCAAAAUAAAAUGCCAUUGAUGGUUGAAA